AUGCUCUCCAGUCGGUGUAAGCAGAGAAACACGACAAUUAUUCCAAGCCUUCUCAACCAACAUGAUGCUGUUCUCAUGGGAAACGUCACGACUAUUGAUCUUAGUACAGCAGAAAACUGGCUAGUCAAGGGCAUAUUGCUCGACGGCCUAGAGCAAGCCGUGGGGGGAUUAUCGAAGGAGGCACUUGCUUACUCGUCUGGCAUUGGUGGAUGUCCAAAAACCCGGCAGUGGAUGGCUAACCUACUCAACUGCCGUUUCCACCCUGCAAAAACGGUAGAUCCGUCGCACAUUGUCCUUGCUGCCGGGGGAAGCUUUGCCCUCACUGCUCUUGUGGAGCAGAUCUGUGAUCCUGGAGAUGGGAUCCUGAUUGCCACACCCUACUGGGCUGGGCUCGAUAUCUCGAUUAGUGUGCAUUACAAUGCCACUAUUAUUCCCGUGCAUGUGCCUCUCUCUGAAUUCUUUCGUCCUGAAAGUGUCCAGUACUACGAGAUGGCCAUAGAGAAUGCCUCUGUGCCCGUCAAAGCCGUGCUCCUCUGCAACCCACACAAUCCACUAGGGCAAUGCUAUCCACGGGAGGCGCUCCAGGGAAUGCUUGAGUUCUGUCAGAGAAGGAAUUUGCAUUAUAUCUCUGAUGAAGUAUAUGCUCUAUCUGCUCAUUCACCAGUGCCAGUGACUUGUACUUCUUUCAUAUCAGCUCUCCAGCUGAGUACUUCAGAGAUAUGGGAACGAAUCCAUGUGAUCUAUAGCCUCAGCAAAGACUUUGGAUGCAGUGGUAUUCGAGUAGGCGCACUGAUAACACAAAACAACGAUGCCAUUCGCCUCAGCUGUGCUUUGAGCGUUCACAGCCAGGUCUCUUCUGUGUCGACUACUCUAGCAGCCCAGGCAAUACUCUAUCCAGAAAUGGUACAGAAAAUCUGCGGGCAAGGAGGGAAGCGACUGCAGGAAGCAUAUCAACUCAUUUCGUCCUUUCUUGACGGACAUGGCAUUGAUUAUGUCCCAGUGGCGUAUGGAAUGUUUGUUUUUGCAAAACUAGGAAUGGGUAAUAUGGUAGAUGUUCAAGAGCGAAAUCUGUUGUCUCAUCUGAAGGCAGUGGGAGUUUCAGUAUCAACAGGGACGAGCUAUCAUUUCAAGGAGCUUGGAUGGUUUCGAAUCUGCUACGGUGUGCCUCCCGGCCAGUUACGUGAAGGUCUCAGACGAAUACAGCUCGGGCUGGAGAAUUUUGCCAAAGACGAGAGCGAGCACAACUAG